UGAAAAGGCAGUCCCAUGUGAUAUAAAGGACGUCCUCGGCACAGAACGGGACACUCCACUCUCUGCUUGCACCCAGCACCAACCAUGGGGCGCUGUUGGGGAGUCCUGUUCCUGAUCAGCCUGGCUGCUGCUGUCCCACUGGGCCCCCCAAAAACCUUCCAGGAGGCCCUUUCACAGGUUGUCAAGAUCUACAACCAAGGCCCCAACAUCCAAAAUGCCUUCCGCCUUCUGCAAGCAACGCCACUGCCUGGACUGAAUUCAAGCUCCGUAACUCUUCAGCAGCUGAAUUUCACCAUCCAAGAGACGGUAUGCCCGGCCUCAGAAAAGCGUGAUCCUGAGCAGUGUGAAUUCAAACCUGAUGGGCUAGUGAAAGAUUGCUCUGGCUAUUUCUCCACUGAACAGGCAAAUUCCCUUAUUGUCAUCACAUGUGAUGCUGUGGUUCAAGAGCCUGUCCGCAUCACCAGAUUCCGAGCGCUCAGAGGGUUCCUGAGAGGAUUUCGAAGAGGAAUAAAUUUGUGGGGUUCCAAUGAGUAAAUGCAAAAUAAGUCCAGGGCUCAAGUGGAAUAAUGACCCCGAAAAGCUAUGGGCAUGAUGUGAAAGCAAACACUUCGUGGCCUCCGCUUCAUCGACCUUGUUUGUUUCUGCUUGCAUAGCCGCUCUCUCCUAAACAGAAUUGCAUUUGCAAUCAAAUAUUAA